CAUACCAUGAAAUGAAAAUUGGACAUGCAUAUCAAAAAAUUAAAAAACAGCCAUUUCCCAUCUUCUUCCUCUUACAAAUUUUCCAUAUUACAGAAAACAAAAUAAAAUCCAAAAUCUUAUGCCUUCUUUCUUUCUUCCUUUUUUUACCCUUCUCAAUUCUAUCUUUCUCUCUCCUCAAAAACCCCCUCUGGAAACCUCUCACAAUCUCCAUUUCAAACUCAACAAAAUUAAACAAAUUCCAGAUUUUCAUAUUCCCUCUCUUUCUUCAAUUGUCGAAUUUUUAUCAAUUUUUUUGCGCCCUAAUUUCUCAAUCCGAAGAAACCCUAGCUCUAAUUUCACCUCUUUUCAUUUCAUUCUUCCUUGAUUCUUCUCAUGAAUCUCCUUCUUUCUAUCGAAUCUAAUACUUUUCGUGCUCAGAUCUUCUCUUAAAUCCUUUUUGUUUUUUCAAUUAUGGCGAACGAAUUUUUGUGAAUUUAAUCUUUUUUAUUUCAUUUUUUUCUUUUGUUAGUUUCGUACAAACGAUUAGGUUUUAUCUUCGAUCGCCUUUUUCUUGAUUUGUGAUUUUUGUUUUUUUUGCAAUUUUUGGAAGGAGGAGAGAGAGAGAGAGAAUGAGUAAUCAGAAGAAGAAGCCGUUUCAAAUAGAGGCGUUUAAGCAUAGGGUGGUAGUGGAUCCGAAAUAUGCAGAUAAGACUUGGAAGAUAUUGGAACACGCUAUUAAGGAGAUUUACAAUCAUAAUGCUAGUGGUCUUAGCUUUGAGGAGCUUUACAGAAAUGCUUACAACAUGGUCCUCCACAAAUAUGGUGAGAAGCUAUAUUCGGGUCUUGUGACAACAAUGACUACACAUUUGAAAAAAUUAUCAGAAUCCAUAGAAUCUGCUCAAGGAGGCUCUUUCCUUGAAGAGUUGAACCGGAAAUGGACUGAGCAUAAUAAAGCCUUGCAGAUGAUACGAGACAUACUGAUGUACAUGGACAGAACUUUUGUUCCUAGCACUCAUAAGACUCCAGUUUACGAGCUUGGCUUGAAUUUGUGGAGAGAUAAUGUUAUCCAUUCUAGCAAUAUUCAGACAAGGCUUUUGAACACACUUCUUGAUUUAAUUCAGACAGAGAGAAAGGGGGAAGUUAUAAAUAGGGGGCUGAUGAGGAACAUAAUCAAGAUGCUAAUGGAUUUAGGCACUUGCGUUUACCAAGAGGAUUUCGAGAAGCCAUUUCUUGAAGUUUCUGCCAAUUUUUAUCGUGCUGAAUCCCAGGACUUCAUCGAGUGCUGUGAUUGUGGUGAUUACUUGAAAAAAGCUGAGAGACGUCUGAAUGAAGAAAUAGAGAGAGUUUCCCAUUAUUUGGACCUGAGGAGUGAAUCCAAGAUAACGAAGGUGGUGGAGAGGGAGAUGAUAGCUAACCACAUGCCAAGACUAGUUCACAUGGAGAAUUCCGGCCUAGUUAAUAUGCUUCUUGAUGAUAAAUAUGAAGACCUGGGGAGAAUGUAUAAUUUAUUCCGUCGGGUUGACAAUGGUCUCAGUACCGUUCGAGAUGUGAUGACUUCUCACAUCAGAGAAACGGGUAAGCAGCUUGUUACAGAUCCAGAAAGGGUGAAGGAUCCUGUGGAGUUUGUUCAGCGUCUUUUGGAUGAGAAAGAUAAGUAUGAUAAAAUCAUAAGCUUGGCUUUUAACAAUGACAAAACUUUCCAGAAUGCUCUGAAUUCCUCAUUUGAGUUCUUCAUCAAUCUGAAUCCCCGUUCUCCAGAGUUUAUCUCACUAUUUGUGGAUGACAAACUUCGUAAAGGUCUUAAGGGUGUUAGUGAAGAGGAUGUGGAGGUUGUAUUGGAUAAAGUAAUGAUGCUUUUCCGAUAUCUACAGGAGAAAGAUGUGUUUGAGAAGUACUAUAAGCAGCACUUGGCUAAGCGAUUGUUGUCAGGAAAGACUGUAUCUGAUGAUGCAGAGAGAAGCUUGAUUGUGAAGCUUAAGACAGAGUGUGGUUAUCAAUUUACUUCUAAGCUAGAGGGUAUGUUCACUGAUAUGAAGACUUCUCAGGAUACAAUACAAGGAUUUUAUGCCAGUCAUGGUGCCGAGCUAGGGGAUGGACCUACACUAGUUGUGCAGGUUUUGACAACUGGGUCCUGGCCCACUCAACCAAGUGUUCCAUGCAAUCUGCCUGCUGAAUUAUCACUACUCUGUGAAAAGUUCCGCUCAUAUUAUCUUGGAACACAUACUGGUAGAAGAUUAUCUUGGCAAACAAACAUGGGUACAGCUGAUAUAAAAGCAACCUUCAACAAGGGUCAAAAGCAUGAGCUGAAUGUCUCAACUUAUCAAAUGUGCGUACUUAUGCUUUUCAAUAAUGCUGAUAGACUUAGCUACCGGGAGAUUGAGCAAGCCACUGAGAUACCCGCUCCAGAGCUGAAGAGGUGUUUGCAAUCACUAGCUUGUGUCAAAGGAAAGAACGUCCUUCGGAAAGAGCCGAUGAGCAAAGAUAUUGGCGAGGAUGACGCUUUCUUGUUCAAUGACAAGUUUUCAAGCAAAUUCUACAAGGUGAAGAUAGGAACUGUAGUUGCACAGAAAGAAUCAGAACCUGAGAAACAGGAGACACGACAAAGGGUGGAAGAGGAUAGAAAGCCACAGAUAGAGGCUGCGAUAGUGAGAAUAAUGAAAUCUAGGAAAGUACUAGAUCACAACAAUAUUAUUGCUGAGGUCACAAAGCAGCUGCAGUCUCGUUUCCUGCCAAACCCUGUGGAGAUUAAGAAGCGUAUUGAGUCCCUAAUCGAACGUGAAUUCUUGGAGAGAGAUAGUUCGGACAGGAAGUUGUAUCGCUACCUUGCCUGAGAGAUGAGUUUUCUAGCAGUUCACUCACUGAUAUUUUUCAUAUUUCGCGCUGAAAACUGGAACUGAAUGUACCUUAUUUGAAAAUGUGAGCCAGUUGCUUUUGAAUUCCUUCAGCUCACAGGGUUUUAAAAGGUUUCCUUCAUUAUUGGUAUCCCUUUUACAUGAAAAACCCUAGUCUUUGUUCUGUCUCAGAAUUAUAUUGCAGGAUACUUGACUAGUGCCACGAAGUUGAUGCAGGAAACCGUGCUUUCAACACAAUUUCCUUAAGUUUAUGUCAGAAGCGACUCGGAGUCACAGUACGUCUUGAAGAAACUUUUAAGGGGAGUGUAUGAUGUCCAUACUUUUCGCCUUCGGUGACUAGGGUGUUGCUGUUUGAAUCUUGUGGAAGAGCUGUUUUGACUUGUAUAGUCUGCGUAUGUAUGUCGUGCACACAAGACAAUCUGGUAGCUUGGUGUAAGCUACAUAAUCGUGGGGGCAUCAUAUUGCUUAGUGAUACUGAAUUGCUUAAAGUUAAAUUUAAACUUUGCCAUGGUUUUACUUCCAUAGGUUUUUAUUUUAUUAUGGAUUCAUUGAUUAAUAGCCAUAAGUUGAUAAGCAAGUAAUUGUUUGCUCUA